GAAAACGCUUCUCCUUUUUAUCUGGGAAGUAGGGGCAUUGGAAGGGCCAAGCGGCAGGGCAAAGCCACUGGAGCAGCUUACCAAGGGUCUGUCUGUCUGUCUGUCUGCUCAGGGACCCGAUGGAAGAGCUGGUAGGGCUGCGUGAGGGCUCCUCGGGGAGCCCUGUGACUCUUCAGGAGCUAUGGGGCCCGUGUCCCCGCAUCCGCAGAGGCAUUCGAGGGGCCCUGGAGUGGCUGAAGCAGAAGCUGUUCCGCGUCGGGGAGGACUGGUACUUCCUGAUGACCCUCGGGGUGCUCAUGGCCCUGAUCAGCUACGCCAUGAACUUCGCUAUCGGGCGCGUGGUCAGAGCACACAAGUGGCUCUACCGGGAGAUUGGGGACAGCCACCUGCUCCGGUAUCUCUCCUGGACUGUGUACCCUGUGGCCCUGGUCUCCUUCUCCUCUGGCUUCAGCCAGAGCAUCACACCCUUCUCUGGAGGUUCUGGAAUCCCAGAGCUGAAGACUGUUCUGUCAGGCGUGGUGUUGGAGGACUACCUGGAUAUUAAGAACUUCGGGGCCAAGGUCGUGGGCCUUACCUGCACCCUGGCCACUGGCAGCACCCUUUUCCUGGGCAAAGUGGGCCCCCUCGUGCACCUGUCUGUGAUGAUCGCUGCCUACCUGGGCCGUGUGCACACCAAGGCCAUUGGGGAGCCUGAGAACAAGAGCAAGCAGAACGAGAUGCUGGUGGCAGCGGCCGCGGUGGGUGUGGCCACAGUGUUUGCAGCGCCCUUCAGCGGCGUCCUGUUCAGCAUCGAGGUCAUGUCUUCCCACUUCUCUGUCUGGGAUUACUGGAGGGGCUUCUUCGCUGCCACCUGCGGGGCCUUCAUGUUCCGCCUCCUGGCAGUCUUCAACAGCGAGCAGGAGACCAUCACCUCCCUCUACAAGACCAAUUUCAGGGUGGAUGUCCCCUUCGACCUGCCAGAGAUCUUCUUUUUUGUGGCCCUGGGGGCCAUCUGCGGUAUCCUGAGCUGCGCUUACCUCUUCUGUCAGCGAACAUUCCUUGGUUUUGUCAAGACCAACCGGGUCACCUCCAAACUGCUGGCCACCAGCAAGCCUCUGUAUUCCGCCCUGGCCGCCUUGGUUCUUGCUUCCAUCACCUACCCCCCUGGCGUGGGCCGCUUCAUCGCUUCUCGGCUGUCCAUGAAGCAGCAUCUGGAGUCACUGUUCGACAACAACUCAUGGGCGCUGAUGACCCGGAACUCAUCCCCACCCUGGCCUGAGGAGCUCGACCCCCAGAACCUGUGGUUCGAGUGGUACCACCCACGGUUCACCAUCUUUGGGACCCUCGCCUUCUUCCUGGUUAUGAAGUUCUGGAUGCUGAUUCUGGCCACCACAAUCCCCAUGCCUGCCGGCUACUUCAUGCCCAUAUUCAUCUUCGGAGCUGCCAUCGGGCGCCUCAUCGGGGAGGCCCUGGCUGUUGCCUUCCCUGAGGGCAUCGUAGCCGGAGGGGUCACCAACCCCAUUAUGCCUGGAGGGUACGCCCUGGCAGGGGCUGCGGCCUUCUCAGGGGCUGUGACCCACACCAUCUCCACGGCGCUGCUGGCCUUCGAGCUGACCGGCCAGAUAGUGCACGCGUUGCCGGUGUUGAUGGCCGUGCUGGCAGCGAACGCCAUCGCCCAGAGCUUCCAGCCCUCCUUCUAUGACGGCACCAUCAUUGUCAAGAAGCUGCCAUACCUUCCGUGGAUCCGAGGUCGGAAAAUCAGCUCUCACCGUGUGACUGUGGAGCACUUCAUGAACACUACCAUCACCACGGUGGCCAAGGACACACCGCUGGAGGAAGUGGUCAAGGUCGUGACCUCCACGGACAUGGCCAAGUACCUCCUGGUGGAAAGCACAGAGUCCCAGAUACUGGUGGGCACCAUGGAAAGGGCCCACCUGGUGCGGGCACUCCAGGCUGAGCCACCUUCCUGGGCUCCAGGACACCAGCAAUGUCUCCAGGACAUCUUGGCUGGGGGCUGUCCCGUGGAGCCAGUGACCCUGCAGCUGUCUCCGGAGACCUCCCUGCACCAGGCACACAACCUCUUCGAGCUGCUGCACCUUCAGUCCCUGCCUGUGACGUCCCGGGGCAGAGCUGUAGGCUCCGUGUCUUGGGUGGAGUUGAAGAAAGCAAUUUCCAGCCUGACAAACCCACCAGCCCCAAAGUGAGCCAGCCUGGCAAGACGAAACAGGGCGCCUCAGCUGCCCUGGUGAAGGAGGUUGGGCAGGGACCCUGCCUCUCUUCCCCCAUCACGGCACACCUCAACUGCUCAGUGUAGCGGGCAGCUCUGACCUAGCACCAAAGAGGGCUCCACGGUCACCAUGGUCCAUCCUGGGUGACGCAAGCACUAUAUGCCUUAAGGGACAAGUUCCACCCUGGACAGAGCAGAAAUGGAGACCGCAGAAAACCAGCGGACAGUGGGUGCUCAUCGAAAAGUCACCAAAUUUACAAGGAAGACAGGGGUGUAUGCGGUCACCAAGGGCAGGUACAGAGGCCCUCUGGGGGUUGUAGGACUCCCAACCAGAGGCUCCUGAGAAAAAUAAAGCCGAUUCCCAGAGCUGCAGGCCCCCUCACCUCAGCUCCAAGGGCGUCGACGUACCUGUGCGGGCCCUGAGCGAGCUCUUGGGGGCCCCCUGGUGGCCACCCGUGGGCAUCGCAGGCCUGGGUUCCUGGCCUCCCACUGCUGCUAAAUAAGCAGGAAAGCAGGUCCCUCACCAGGUCUUAUGACGCUUGUCCUCACGAAUAAGAAGAACCCUGUGGUCCAGCUACCCUCACCCCAGCCCCAGCUUCCUCCUUGGCUGAGCCUGGGCUGAUAAAGCAGCGUCCCUGGGUGUGGCUCCUGUGUG